UUCGGUUUCAGUCACUCCUCCCCCCACCCCAGCUUUGCACAGCUGCAUCAAUGGCGUUCUCCUCGUGGAUUUCUCGCCUGCGUUCUUCCUCAAAACCAAUUUACACCAAAUUCAGAAACUCCUUUACGACUACCGCACCGCCGCCAAGUCUCGCCGCGGAAAUAAUUCUGCGAUGUCGGCAUAUUCGGAAACCACCCGUAUCACCUUGGGCUCGCUCCCUACUUCCACUGGCUCUUGCCGUUUCCGCCGGCUCUUUUAUUUCUCAAUCAAACGGCGUUAAUUGCCCAUCCUACUGUCAAUCCCCAAUUCUCGAUCAAACUAAGGGAAUUGGAGGCAAAGAUAGCACAGACUACUUGGUGAAAGGCUCACUCAAAAAAAUCCCACAGGAGCUUAUUGAAGAAUUGAAGCUCAUCUGCAAGGAUAAUAUGACAAUGGACUAUGAUGAAAGAUACUUUCAUGGGAAGCCACAGAACAGCUUCCACAAAGCAGUGAACAUCCCGGAUAUUAUCGUUUUCCCAAGGUCAGAAGAGGAGGUUUCUAAGAUAGUUGCUUCCUGUGACAAGCACAAGGUUCCUAUUGUGCCAUACGGCGGAGCGACCUCAAUCGAAGGCCACACAUUAUGCCCUAGUGGUGGAGUGUGCAUUGACAUGACGCUAAUGAAACGUGUCAAAUCACUAAAUGUUAAGGACAUGGAUGUUGUUGUUGAACCUGGGAUUGGGUGGAUGGAGCUUAAUGAAUACCUUGAACCUUAUGGGUUAUUCUUCCCUCUGGAUCCUGGUCCUGGAGCAACCAUUGGUGGAAUGUGUGCAACACGGUGCUCUGGUUCCUUAGCUGUAAGGUAUGGAACUAUGCGCGAAAAUGUCAUCAACCUUAAGGUUGUUCUAGCCAAUGGAGAGGUUGUCAAGACUGGAUCUCGUGCCAGGAAAAGUGCCGCAGGAUAUGAUCUAACACGUCUCAUGAUUGGAAGUGAAGGAACAUUGGGUGUUAUAACAGAAGUUACAUUACGCCUGCAGAAGAUCCCUCAAUACUCGGUGGUGGCGAUGUGUAACUUCCCUACAAUUAAAGAUGCAGCGGAUGUUGCUAUUGCAUCUAUGCUGUCUGGCAUACAGGUAUCGAGAGUGGAACUUUUGGAUGAAGUCCAAGUGAGAGCAAUCAACCUCGCUAAUGAUAAAAAAUUGCCUGAAGCCCCGACUUUGAUGUUUGAAUUUAUUGGCACAGAAGCAUACUCACGCGAACAGACACUUAUAGUUCAGAAGAUAGCCUCAGAGCACAAUGGGUCAGAUUUUGUGUUUGCAGAGGAUCCCGAAGCAAAAAAGGAACUUUGGAAGAUAAGAAAGGAGGCACUUUGGGCUUGCUUUGCAAUGGAACCAAAUUUCGAAGCAAUGAUAACGGAUGUAUGUGUUCCACUGUCACACCUUGCUGAAAUAAUAUCGAAAUCCAAGCAAGAGCUUGAUGCUUCGUCUUUAGUAUGCACGGUGAUUGCUCAUGCUGGUGAUGGAAACUUCCACACAGUCAUUUUAUUCGAUCCCAAUAAAGACGAACAGCGAAAGGAAGCUGAGAGGUUGAACCAUUUCAUGGUUCAUGCAGCUUUAGAUAUGGAAGGAACAUGCACUGGGGAACAUGGUGUCGGCACUGGAAAAAUGAAGUAUCUGGAAAAGGAGCUCGGAAUAGAGGCAUUGAAGACUAUGAAAAGGAUAAAAGAUGCUUUAGAUCCCAAUGGGAUUAUGAAUCCUGGGAAGCUCAUUCCUUCCCAUAUUUGCUUCUAGUUUUACUCGUUCGUUUAUCCUCUUUCAACGCAUUCAACUCAAUUUUGUAACCCUAAUUUAAUCCGGAUUUCAACAGUUGGCUCUUUGAUAGUGACCGGCGUAAAAUAAAAUGUUCACCGCUAUUUCACUGUGUUGACUUGGUUAAAAUUUUAUUUUGGAUUGUUAUUUUACUGUGUUGACCGAUCAAUUUUCCUUUU